UAGUUUUGGUGCUCUCAACAAAUAGUAGCAGCAAAUCUUUCUGGUCUCCACUCUCCUCCAACGGGAAGCGAAAGUGGGAAGAGAUAAAAAAAAAAGGGCAAAAAAAAAAAGGAAAGGAAAGGGAAAAGGAAAAAACUUUUCCUUUUACCAAACAAAAGAAGGAAAGUGAAAGACCGAAUUUUUCCGUCGGAUUCCCUCACUUUGAUCUCACGCUCCUCUGCAGCUCUAUUCCCAAUUUUCUGAUUUGGGUUUUUGAAUUCAAGCCGGAAAAUUAGUGGGUUUGUUUUGACUAAAUUUCAAACAAGGUCAGUGGGUCUCUCUCUCUCCUUGUUUUUGGGUUUUCUCUAUGUGUUUGUUAUUAGGAGAUUCGGUGGCCUUCAAGUGGUUUCGGUUGUAUUUCUGGUAGAGAUCUUACGUUAUUUUUGGUGGGUCUUUGGCCCUAUAUAUUGUUGGCUUUUGUACUCGAUAGCUUCUGGUAUCUGUUAAUUGUUGGGCAAAAACUGGAGCAUACAAAGUUCUGUUCCAGCAUUUUUGCAACACAGAUUCGGUGAUUGUGAUUACAGAAACUUGUACAUUUAUUUUUAUUUUUAUUUUUCAUUUCUUUGUGAAAAAUUUGGGCUUUUAUUGACUCAGAGAGAAAAACCCAUUUGGGGAUUGGGUGUAUUGGCUUGUUUGUAUAUAUUUUGAAUAUAUAGUAGAAGUUCCAUUGUUUGGUGGGUUGGAAGAGUCUUGUAGGCUAAGGGUAGUGUUUGUUAACAAAAGGGGUUGUUUAUGUUGCCGAUUGUGUUGUUGUUUUGAGUGCUGGAGAGAUAACCAUCUGGCUAGUUUGGAGAUCUGGGACUUGUUUAAUCUCUUAUGCCCCAUGAGGACUUUCUUUCCUUCCGAGACAUGUAAAGAAACACAGCUCAAUGCUUUCAAUCCACAGUCAUGGCUCCAAGUUGAAAGAGGGAAGCUUUCCAAAUUCUCAUCACAACCUCCUUCUUCAAUAGAAUCUCUCAUCAAGGUGCCUGAACCACAAAUUCUUCCAUUCUAUAAACCUGUCAAUUAUGUAGAAGUUUUAGCCCAAAUUCAUGAAGAACUUGAGUCAUGCUCUCCGCGCGAGAGGUCGAAUCUCUAUUUAUUGCAGUUUCAGGUCUUUAAGGGUCUUGGAGAAGUCAAGCUGAUGCGAAGAAGCCUUCGCUCUGCUUGGAUGAAGGCAAGCACCGUUCAUGAGAAACUUGUCUUCGGGGCCUGGUUAAAGUAUGAGAAGCAAGGUGAAGAGCUCAUCUCUGACUUGCUUACCUCUUGUGGUAAAUGGGCGAUGGAGUUUGGACAGAUAGACAUUGCCUCUGAAUUUCCCACAGUUUUUAAUGUGAGUUCCACCGGAGCUGUUGCGAUGAAUGGGAAUCAAAUUUCAAGAACCGUGUCUUUCCGAAUUGGAGAUGAGAAAAUAGCAUGUGACAGGCAGAAGAUUGCAGGCUUGUCAGCACCAUUUCAUGCUAUGCUAAAUGGUUGUUUCACAGAAUCACUACUUGAGGACAUAGAUUUGUCUGAAAAUAAUAUUUCACCAACGGGUAUGAGAGCUAUCAAUGAAUUCAGCCUAACGGGCAAUUUAAGUGAAGUCCCCCAACACCUUUUGUUAGAAAUAUUGGUAUUUGCUAACAAAUUUUGCUGCGAAAGUCUCAAGGAUGCUUGUGACAGGAGCCUCGCUUCUUUGGUUUCAUCCAGACAUGAUGCAGUGGAACUGUUGGAAUAUGCUCUUGAAGAGAAUUCCCCUGUCCUUGCUACAUCAUGUUUGCAAGUGUUUCUACAUGAACUUCCAGACAGUCUAAAUGACAAUCGGGUAGUUGAGCUAUUAAGCAUUGCUAGUAAGCAACAAAGAUCAAUCAUGAUAGGACCGGCCUCAUUUUCACUCUACUGUUUGUUAAGUGAAGUAGCCUUGAACCUGGAUCAUAGAUCAGACAAAACAGCUUGUUUCUUGGAAAGGUUAGUAGAGUCUGCUGAAACUAACCAGCAGAGAUUAGUGGCAUACCAUCAAUUGGGAUGUGUUAGGCUUUUGAGGAAAGAAUAUGAUGCAGCCGAACAGCUCUUUGAUGCUGCUUUAAAUGCAGGCCAUGUUUACUCUGUUGUUGGUUUGGCCAGACUGGCUUACAUUAAGGGCGAUAAACUUCAGUCUUAUGAAAAACUUACCUCUGUAAUUUCCGCCUUUACUCCACUCGGAUGGAUGUAUCAGGAAAGGUCACUAUACUGUGAUGCUGAUAAGAGGUGGGAUGACCUUGAGAAAGCAACUGAAUUGGACCCAACACUUCCUUACCCCUACAUGUAUCGGGCUGCAUCCUUGAUGAGGAAACAAAAUGUUCAAGCUUCCCUUUCUGAAAUAAAUCGGAUUCUUGGGUUCAAACUUGCAUUAGAAUGCUUGGAACUCCGGUUUUGUUUCUAUCUAGCAAUUGAGAACUAUGAAGCAGCCAUUUGUGAUGUUCAGGCAAUUCUUACACUUUCUCCGGAUUACAGAAUGUUUGAGGGACGGGUUGCAGCAUCCCAACUUCGUACUCUCGUGCGUGAACACAUCACAAAUUGGAAAACAGCAGAUUGUUGGCUGCAAUUGUAUGAUCGAUGGUCUUCAGUUGAUGAUAUUGGAUCUCUCUCUGUAAUUUACCAGAUGCUUGAAUCUGAUGCAGAGAAAGGAGUUCUAUAUUUCAGGCAGUCUUUGCUUCUUCUUAGAUUGAAUUGUCCUGAAGCAGCCAUGCGUAGUUUACAGUUGGCUCGCCAGCAUGCAUCAAGUGAAUAUGAACGUUUGGUUUAUGAAGGAUGGAUUUUAUAUGAUACGGGUCAUUGUGAGGAAGGCCUGCAGAAGGCAGAGGAGUCUAUUAACCUUAAGAGAUCUUUUGAGGCCUUUUUCCUUAAAGCAUAUGCAUUGGCUGAUUCUAUUCAAGAUUCAUCUUGUUCAUCUACCGUUGUAUCACUUCUUGAAGAUGCCUUAAGGUGCCCCUCUGAUCUGCUUCGCAAAGGGCAGGCUUUGAACAAUCUUGGAAGUGUUCAUGUUGACCGUGGGAAUCUAGACUUGGCAGCUGAUUGCUACAUCAAUGCCCUUAAAAUUCGGCACACCCGAGCCCAUCAGGGCCUUGCCCGGGUCCAUUUUCUCAGAAAUGAUAAGAAUGCUGCCUACGAGGAAAUGACAAAACUGAUUCAAAAGGCUCAGAACAAUGCAUCUGCCUAUGAGAAGAGGUCAGAGUACUGUGAACGUGAACGCACAAAAGCAGAUCUAGAGAUGGUCACUUGUUUGGAUCCCCUCCGUGUUUACCCUUACAGAUAUCGAGCUGCAGUGCUGAUGGACAACCACAAGGAGAAGGAAGCCAUAGCUGAACUAUCCAGUGCAAUCGCAUUCAAAGCAGACCUUCACCUUCUACACUUGCGGGCUGCAUUUCACGAGCAUAUUGGUGACGUUUUUGGUGCUCUGCGAGACUGUCGAGCUGCCCUUUCAGUUGACCCCAACCAUCAAGAGAUGCUGGAACUUCACAGCCGUGUAAACAGCCAAGAGCCGUAAAACCAGGAAAGAAAUCUAAAGAUGGAAAGAAAUAUAUUGAAGUUGUAUCACUGGUAUGUACUGGUGAGCAAUGUGCAUGUAACAUUAAUGUUGAAUCUCUUUUUAUUUUAUUUUAUUUUUCUUUUUCUGUUAAUUUUUAUAAAAUGUUUGGAAAUUUUUGGUUAUAUAAUUUAAUCUAUUUCAAAUUACCCA